AUGGAGGAGACACCGAACCGGUCGAUGAUGAGGUCCCGUGCUUCGCGGUCCAGUACGAAGAGGGCAGCGAGGCCCUCCUGGACAAUGUGCACUGGGACCCGCCGCAAGACCGCCCGGACGGUUCGCGUGGUACCGACUCGGUUGCGCCCCCGGGUACUGUACCUGGCACACCAUCCGAGGUUGGCAGGUCACCCGGGAGCGACGCGUAUGUACUACACCCUUCGCAGGGAGUACUACUGGCCACACAUGGCCAGCGACGCGUUUUCGACCGUACGGAAUUGCACGUCGUGCGCUGCUACCCGCGGGACGCUUGUCAAGAACCAAAAGGAUCUCAAGCUGUUCCCAGCGGCGGGCCCCUUGCAGUUUGUCGCGAUGGACCUCCUGGGGCCCCUACCCAAGACCGCGCACGGAAACCAACACGUGUUGGUAAUUACCGACCGGUUCUCCAAGCUAACGCGCAGUAUCCCGCUCCGGACCACAACCGCUUCGGUCGUCGCAAACGCGUUUUUAGACAACUGGGUCUACGUUUACGGAGCGCCGCGCUACGUACUAACCGACAAUGGCCCCCAGUUCGCUGCGAAAUUCUUCGACGCGGUAUGCGCCCUCCUGGGGGUGCGGCAUUAUCUCACGACAGCCUACCACCCCCAGUCGAAUGGGCAGACCGAACGGUUCAAUCGCACGCUGGUGCAACGCCUCCGGCACUACGUGGAGGAGCACCAGCGCGAUUGGGACGACUACUUGCAACCGCUGACCUUCGCGUACAAUACGCAGGUCCACCGGUCGACGGAGACGACUCCGUUCGACCUGGUGUUAACGCGGCCACCGUCCGGUUUGAUUCUCCCCGAGGACCCGCGGACCCCGGUGCAGUACAAGCGCGCCACGCUGCGCAAGCUUCGCGACGCUCUCGACCGCGCUCGGACGAAAUUAUCCGCAUCGCAAAAGCGGUACAAGGACGAUUUUGACAAGAAGGUCCGCUUCCGUCCGGUCGUUGUGGCGGGCGAUUUUGUCUACGUUGAUCGCCCGCCCCGCCCGUUGACUAGCGUCGAGCGACGCACGCGUGCACAAGAGGGUCCGUUUCGUGUGCGCUCCGCUACGGACACCACGGUCCUCAUCGAGCAGGACGGUGUGGAGAACCGCGUGAGCAUCGACCGCGUCACAAAAAUGCCACGCGGGCCGGGGGACACUGUCGCCUCGGCCAUUCCAUCCGCAUCGGACGCGCAAACUACAACGCCCCGCGCGGAAUACGUCGUUGACCGCAUCGUGGGACACCGUAUGACCCGCGGCGGCACCGAGUACAAGGUUCGCUGGUACGGGUACGCCGCCUCCGACGAUACCUACGAGCCCUCCGAGGGGCUCCCGCAACCUUUCAUCGACCGAUAUUGGCGUACGCGCCAAGGACGGACAAGCGCGCUCGCGUAG